AUGGCUUUCGGUGAUCGAGGAGGACGUGGUGGUGCUCGAGGUGGUGGUCGAGGAGGUUUCGGUGGAGGACGUGGCGGUGGCGGCGGUGGUAGAGGCGGAUUCGGUGGUGGUGGUAGAGGUGGUGGUGGUGGAAGGGGUGGACCCAGAGGGGGAGGCGCCGCCAGGGGUGGUCGAGGUGCACCAAGAGGUGGUGCUGGAAGAGGUGGUGGUAGAGGUGGUAAGCCAGGAAUGGGUAAAAAGGGACCUGGUGCCGUCACACUCGAACCUCACAAGCACGCCGGUGUGUAUAUCGCCAAGGGUAAAGAACACCUGUUGGUCACUAGGAAUAUGACUCCAGGAGAAUCAGUAUACGGUGAAAAGAGAGUAUCAAUCGCUUCGACAAACGCUGAAGGUGAAGAGGAAAAGAUCGAAUACAGGGUAUGGAAUCCUUUCAGAAGUAAAUUGGCGGCUGGUAUUUUGGGUGGUUUAGAUAACAUCUUUAUCAAACCAGGUGCUAAAGUGCUCUAUCUUGGUGCUGCUUCCGGUUCUUCCGUCUCUCACGUAUCCGAUAUCGUCGGUCCAGAUGGUGUGGUAUACGCUGUUGAAUUCUCCCACCGACCAGGUCGAGAAUUGAUCGGUAUGGCUAAGAAGAGGACGAACGUUGUCCCAAUCGUUGAUGAUGCCCGACACCCUCAAAAGUACCGAAUGCUCGUUCAAAUGGUCGACGUAAUCUUUGCCGAUGUUGCUCAACCUGAUCAAGCGAGAAUUAUCGCUUUGAACGCCCAUCAUUUCCUAAAGAACGGAGGUGGUAUCGUCAUUUCCAUCAAGGCAAACUGUAUCGAUUCUACCGCUCCUGCCGCUCAGGUAUUCGCUAGUGAGGUCAACAACAUGAGAAAAGAAGGUAUCAAACCUAAGGAACAACUUACCCUUGAACCUUAUGAGAGAGAUCACGCUAUCGUAGUAGGAGUAUACGAGAGACACUCGGGUAACUAG